GAUCAGAGCCAGCCCCAAAGGCUGCGCAGGCUCCGGAGCCUGUCAACAGAGCGGUUCUCCCCGCUAGGUAUCCCUGCCAGCGGCUCGUCCUCCGGGGCAGGGCAGGGCUGUCUUCCCCGCGGGCUGGGCGGGGGUCAGCAGCCCCCUUCUAGCAUGAUCCGGGGAGACCCCUCUGCCUGCACAGGCGGAGCCAUUUCCUGGAGCUGAGGCUGCCGCAGCCGGAGCUGGGGCUGGACACAAUGGGGGGGGAAGCGGCGGAGUGAAGGGCUGAACCCCACCGUGCAGGCGGCUCCCCAAUGCCCUGCCCGCGCGGCCCAGGAGACCCGCAGCGGCCGAUCCAGGGAGAUAGCUGUGCCUGCCUGGGAAACUGGCCCAUCCACUCGUUGCCAUGAAGUGUACCAGAUCUUCUGAGUGUCAGAGACUUCCCUUCCUACUAGAGGAUGCCCUAACAAGAGAGGCCAGGAAUUGGAAGGUGCCAGUUUUUUGGAAUUUCACACUGAAGGGGACAGAUCUCUCUCCAUCACAUUAUGAGAAAGCAGUUCUCUGGAUUGCAGAAUUGAGCUCCCAGUUCCAAUUUUACUCUGAAACGUUUGCCUUGGCUAUCAACAUUCUUAACCGGUUUUUGGCAUCAGUAAAGGCACAAGUAAAAUACCUUCGGUGCAUAGCAGUUACCUGCCUCGUCCUUGCAGCAAAAACCAAUGAAGAAGAUGAGGUAAUACCAUCAGUGAAGAAGCUUGCAGUGCAGAGUGGUUGUAAAUGCUCUCCAGCUGAGAUUUUGAGAAUGGAAAGAAUUAUACUAGAUAAGCUUCACUGGGAUCUUUACACAGCUACACCUAUGGAUUUCUUAAACAUUGUAAGCACUAAGAAUUUUGCAAAAGUCUAAACCAGUUUUGUUUCUCGUUUAAGGAAA